UAAAUGAUUACUGAAAGGUUUCGUGGAAUUCUGUUUACUUUACUUGGUCCCCGGGUGCAGAAGAUUUGGUUUCAGCAAUGUAUCAGCCACUACAGCAAUGUUUCCAUUUAAUUAUCCUAGAACAAGAAAAGUCAGUCCCACAGGAGCAUUGUGAGAGCAAGAGUCGUGUUAGACUUAGAACCUUGUGUGUGUGUGUGUGUGUGUGUGUGUGUGUGCUUUCGCAUUGUUUUCUCCUCUCAUCUGUGGACUUGGGACUCAGCUGUAACCCGUCAGAAAAGUUCAUUUACCACAAGUAAAAUGCCAGCGACCGACUGGCUGUCAGAGACACUGACAUUUUGACAUAAUGGAGGCGCCUUCGAGUGAAUUUACACGCCUGUGCACGUUUGAGGGUUUUAAGGAAAUCUGGCCGCAUUACAGUUUCGCUUGUGAGCAGCAGGAGCAGAUCCGCCGUGAAUUUUCCAGGCUUAAAGGUACUACCUACCUCGAUCAUGCUGGUACAACAUUUUUCGCCAAAUCCCAACUCAAGGCAUUUUAUAAGGAUAUAUCCAGUAAUGUGUACGGUAACCCUCAUAGUCUCAGUCCUAGCAGUAAGAUAACACAUGACACAGUGGAGCGAGUCAGAUACAGGAUACUGGAGCACUUUAACACCAGCCCUGAUGAAUACUCAGUCAUUUUUACUGCUGGCUGCACUGCAGCUCUUAAAUUAGUUGCUGACUCUUUUCCUUGGAUAUCUGCUUCGGAAGAACAUUCAGGAAGUCAAUUCUGCUACCUCACAGACAAUCACACAUCAGUAGUGGGCAUUCGGGGAAUAACUGGACCUCAAGGAGUGGGAACAGUGCCUGUCUUUCCACAGGAAAUAGAAGCUAAAGCCAAAGAUAGCCAAGUCGCAUUGAAUACACAGGAUGAAUGCUUGGUAGCACAUCUUUUCUGUUAUCCUGCCCAAAGCAAUUUUUCUGGGCGGAAAUAUCCGCUGAGCUAUGUGAGGGGGAUUCAGUGUCAGCAGCUCUACCCAGCGUGUGAGCACAGAGGUCGAUGGUUUGUUCUGCUGGAUGCUUCUGGUUUUGUUGGCUGCUCGCCACUGGACCUGAAGCAAUACCCAGCUGACUUUGUGCCUAUUUCUUUCUAUAAAAUGUUUGGAUUCCCCACUGGACUUGGAGCCUUGCUGGUAAGGAAUGAAGCCACUGAACUGUUGAAAAAGAAGUACUUUGGUGGAGGGACAGCAGCAGCUUAUCUUGUGGAAGAAGAUUACUUUGCGCCAAAAGCUGACAUAGUUAGCAGAUUUGAAGAUGGAACCAUUGCAUUCCUUGAUAUUAUUUCUCUCCACCAUGGGUUUGAUGCGCUGCACAGACUAACAGGAAGCAUGAAGGACAUUCAGCUUCACACAUUUGGUCUAGCUCGUUAUACCUACAUCAUACUGUCUUGUUUGUGCCAUAGCAACUCACAACCUGUGGCUCAGAUCUACUGUGACAAUGAGUUUGAAAAUGCAGCAUAUCAGGGUGCAACCCUCAACUUCAACUUGCUGGACGGCUAUGGCCAAGUGAUUGGAUAUUUCCAGGUAGACAAAAUGGCCUGUCUGUUCAAUAUUCAUUUGCGCACUGGCUGUUUCUGUAACACGGGGGCCUGUCAGGCAUAUCUAGGUAUCAGCAACCAAGAGGUAAAGAGUAACUUAAAGGCUGGUCAUGUAUGUGGAGACAACAUUGACCUGAUUGAUGGACGUCCAACUGGGUCUGUGCGCAUAUCCUUUGGGUAUAUGUCAACGUUUGAAGACUGUCAGUCCUUAUUAAAGUUUAUUGUUGACUGCUUCGUGGAUAAACCACUAAGACUAAACCAAAGCAGACUGGCAAGGUUAAAGUCAACUGGGACGGCAGCCAACUUGGCUUCAAAUGAGCUAUUCUCAUUGCCGAACAAGAGACCUAUGCCUGUGAUGAAUGGCUUAAAUAUCCCCUCUUUAUCCAUCAACAAGACCUCGGCUCAGAAUACUGUUCCAAAGGCAGAUAGGAACUGUGAAAAUGCUUAUUCAUUGACCAAUAUCUUCAUAUAUCCAAUUAAAUCAUGUGCUGCAUUUGAGGUAACAGAUUGGCCAUUGGGCCCACAGGGGCUGUUGUAUGACCGUAUAUGGAUGGUGGUGAAUGAGAAUGGAGUAUGUCUGAGUCAGAAGAGAGAACCCAAAUUGUGUCUCAUCCAUCCACGCAUCUGCUUAGCCUCCAAAACACUGUGCCUGGAAGCCUCAGGUAUGGAUCCAAUUACACUUCCCCUGGAGAUGAGUAAAGAAAAGCAUGACAAAACAUGUCAAAGCAAAGUUUGUGGUGACAGAGUCCAGACUGUUGACUGUGGGGAAGAGGUGUCAGUUUGGCUGUCUGAAUUCCUGGGAAAACCUUUCUAUCUCAUUAGACAGAGUCCUAGUUUUGCCCGGGAUAUGAAAAUGGCCACAGGAAAGGGUUCCUUAAUGCCUGCCCUCUCUCUAGUGAAUGAGGCUCAGUUUUUGCUAAUCAACAGAGCCAGUGUGGCACUUCUUCUCAAUCGGAUCAUUGACAGGCAAGACAGCUCAAAUAAUUGCACCUCGUUCGACAUGCUGCAACUCAUCAAUCGUUUUCGAGCGAACCUAGUUAUAUCGGGCUCAGAGCCUUUUGAAGAAGAUGACUGGACAGGUGUAAAAAUUGGAGGCACAUUCUUUCAGGUGGCAGGCAAGUGUACUCGUUGCCAGAUGAUUGGAAUAGAUCAGACCUCUGGCACUAAAUCCCAGGACCCUCUCAGAUCUCUGUCUGUUUGUCGGAGUGGAAAGCUCACAUUUGGAGUAUACUUGAAUUACUUGUUACAAAGAUCCAGUCCAUAUCCUACUUUGUCUGUUGGUUCCCAGGUAAUAAUUCAACCGACUGAUGAAUUUUAAAAAGAACAGAAUCAAAUAAGAUAUUCAAAUAAAAAAUAUAACCUAUGCUUAAUCUGUAUCUGUUAAACUGUAUAAGACUUAUGCCAUAUUUACACUCGAUAAUAAGCUGCAAAAUUGGACAAAGGCAAAUUAUAAUUUUACUGCACACCCUAUAAGCACAUUUUCAACAAAUAACUGAAUUCUAAUGUUGCAUUUGUGGUUUUACUUUGUUUUCUUUUGUGAACAAACUUAUAAUAAAACAUCUGGCAUGCCA